AUGAAUUUCUAUAAACUAAACGAAGUUCUUCCACUUGUCAAGGACAGAGAUUCAUGUUUAGAGCAUCGAUCUCAAAAGAUUCUCGUGCCAUUACCGCCAAGUCAAAUCGGUAAGAGUAAAGCAGGAAUAAAAAAAAUUCUCGAAGAAAGUUCCAAUGAAAUUGCGAAGAAAUUAAACGGAUUUCUAUUGGCGAUUGGAAAGAUUCAAUUGUUAUCCGAUGUUGGACAAACCUUUCAAGACGAACCAACUCUUUGGAUGCCUGUCAAACUGAAUUUUGUUCUCUUUGUGCCCGAACGUGGCCGACGUGUCCGCGCUAUCAUAUCAAAACUUGGCAAGAAGCAUAUCGCCUGUUUGAUACACAGUCGUUUCAAUGCGUCGUUUCAUCGCGAUACAAUUCCGCCGAUUUAUCAUAACUUUAUCUUUAAACUAGGACAACCGGUUGUUCUAGAAAUAAUUGAAUGUGAUGUUGUUGAUAAAAUUCUUGAUAUUAAAACAACACUCGUAGAAGUCAAUAAAAGUUGA